AUGUCUAGUGGACCUGCUAAUCAAACUCGCGUUUUCUACCAAACCGACGCUGCUUCCUUCGUCAUUAUUGCUGCUAGCCAAAACGAUGUGAACAACUGGCGCUCUGACAAGACCAUCCCUUUGACCCAGGUGGUUGACUCUUUCCAAGUCUUUUCCUUGAACAAGGGAAGUGAAGGUGAGCUUUCAAAGGCCUCCAAGUUGGAACUCGAAAACGCUUUCGGUACUAGUAAGGACGUUGAUGUCUGCUCCAAGAUCCUUUCCGAAGGCAAGAUCACUCCUCAUCGUCAACACCAGGGUGUGAAGCAAUUCUAA